AUGGCCUCCCUCCGUUCCCUCUAUGUUCCACGCAUGCUCUACGGCACCGCCUGGAAACAAGCUCGCACCGAAGCCCUCGUGUUGCAAGCCAUACAAUCCGGCUUCCGCGCCAUCGACACCGCCGCGCAACCUAAACAUUACCAAGAAGACCUCGUUGGAAAUGCUGUCCGAUCAGCGAUCCAGCGGGGUAUCGUCAAACGGAAAGAAUUGUAUAUCCAGACGAAGUUCACAUCGAUCGCGGGACAGGAUCCCUCACGUGGAAUGCCAUAUGACAAAAACGCGAAGUUGGAGGACCAGGUUCAUGCGAGUAUCGCGAGUUCGUUGAGAAAUUUCUCUGUCGAUGUUGGCGAGAAGCCGUAUCUGGACUGUCUCGUCCUACACAGUCCUCUGCCAUCGAUGGCGGAGACACUUCGCGUCUGGCGCGUGCUCGAAUCAUAUGUCCCGCAUCAGAUUCGGAGUCUGGGAAUAUCCAACGUCUAUUCGCUUUCUGUUCUUGAGAACUUGUUUGGUAAUGCGAACAUUCAGCCUUCGGUUGUACAAAAUAGGUUUUGUCAGGAAGUAGGAUAUGGCAAGGAGAUCUAUGGAUUCUGUAAAGAAAAGGAUAUUGUUUUCCAAAGUUUUUGGACGUUGACGGCGAACCCGGAAUUGCUUGCUUCGAAGCCGGUGGGCAGCUUGGCAGAUGAAAUGGGUAUCUCGAGGCAGGCGGCGUUAUACAAUCUUUUGGUGAGGAAAGGAGGGUGGAGUAUUUUGAAUGGGACAACGAAUGAGGAGAGGAUGGAGAGUGAUUUGGCGUCGUUGGAUAAAUUCGAUGAGUGGGCGGCCAAGAACCGGGAGAGAAAAGCUGAGCUGGAGAAGGACUUCGAAAGCCUUCUCGUGCGGUAA